CCAGUGCAAUGCUGCAGAGAACUGGCACACGCUGAAGAACAAGGCCCUGCUUCAACACGCCUUAUACACCCUCCACCCUCACUGCCUUCCAGAGAGUGGCUGAGGAUGACCACGAAGGAACCUGGAACUUCUCUUGCAGUAGCAUAAGAGGCGGCUCAAAGAAAGAAAUGUUGGGGCAGAGUCAGCCAACUUGGUCCAACGCAGCUGACACUGUAAAGAGCACCGCCGCCCAUGAUGGCAACAGCCUGGAGAUUUUUGACCUGGACGCUUGUCUCAGCUGUGUCUACGGGCAACCUUCCUGGCUACACGUUCCAGUCACAAGAAGAAUUUCUCUCCAACCUCGACCACUACGAGAUUGCCUUCCCCAUCCAGGUGGAUCAGAAUGGUGACUUCCUCAGCUUCGACAUAAAAAGCCAUCGGAAAUGGAGGUCUCGUCGGAGUACAGGCCACCCCUCCUAUGACAUGCCUGAACAGCAUGUUUUCUACAAGGUCUCUGCCCACCGGACUCAGUUCCUCCUCAACCUGACAUUGCAUAGCAACUUGCUGGCAAGGCACUUCCGAGUGGAGUACUGGAAAAGAGGUAGAGUAGACUACCAACACGAAUUCCAUGAAGAUUGCCACUACGCUGGUCAUUUACAAGAUGAGUACCUGAACUCAAAAGUUGCUAUCAGUAAUUGUAAUGGUCUGCAUGGUGUGAUAAUUGCAGAAGAUGAUGAGUAUUUUAUUGAACCACUGACACUUGGGGUCAAUAUCAGUGGGGAACAAGGAAGUGAAGGAAGUCCCCAUGUGAUCUACAAACGAUCGUCUCUCCAGCACCCACACAUGGACACUGCUUGUGGUGUGUUAGAUGAGAAGCCAUGGAAGGGUAGGCCCUGGUGGUUGCGGACACUGAAACCCUCUCCUUUGAAGACACUGGGCAACUUUUCUCAAAGGGGGCAACUGACUCUGAAGAGGUCAGUCAGCACUGAGCGUUAUGUGGAGACUCUUGUGGUGGCUGAUAAGAUGAUGGUGGGCUACCAUGGCCGGCGAGACAUAGAGGAAUACAUCCUGGCUAUCAUGAAUAUUGUUGCUAAACUUUUCCAAGACUCAAGUUUGGGCAAUAUCGUGAACAUUCUUGUAACCCGCCUUAUCCUGCUGACAGAGGACCAGCCAACCCUGGAGAUCAACCAUCACGCUGGGAAGUCCCUCGACAGCUUUUGCAAGUGGCAGAAGGCUAUUGUGAGCCUCAGCAGUGAUGGGAACGCCAUUCCUGACAACGGCAUAGCUAACCAUGAUACUGCCGUUUUGAUCACCAGAUACGAUAUUUGCAUCUACAAAAACAAACCCUGUGGAACUUUAGGAUUGGCCCCUGUGGGUGGGAUGUGUGAACGUGAAAGGAGCUGCAGCAUCAAUGAAGACCUUGGCUUGGCCACCGCUUUCACCAUUGCUCAUGAGAUAGGCCACACGUUUGGCAUGAAUCAUGAUGGUGUUGGAAAUAGCUGUGGAUCCCGGGGACGGGAGACAGCUAAACUCAUGGCGGCUCAUAUUACCAUGAAGACCAACCCCUUUGUGUGGUCCGCAUGCAGUAGAGAUUAUAUAACCAGCUUCCUGGAUUCUGGAAUGGGACUCUGCCUGAACAACGCUCCACCCAAGCAAGAUUUCAUCUACCCCACAGUGGCUCCAGGACAAGCCUACGAUGCAGACGAGCAGUGCCAGUUUCAGUACGGAACAAAAUCUCGCCAGUGUAAAUAUGGGGAAGUUUGCAGUGAGCUGUGGUGUCUUAGCAAGAGCAACCGGUGUAUCACCAACAGCAUUCCAGCUGCAGAAGGGACUAUUUGCCAGACUAACACCAUUGAAAAGGGGUGGUGCUAUAAGCGGGAAUGUGUACCUUUUGGCAUGCGGCCAGAAGGGGUUGAUGGCGCAUGGGGCACUUGGUCAUCAUGGGGAGAGUGCAGCCGGACCUGCGGGGGAGGUGUCUCCUCAUCCACUCGCUAUUGCGACAGUCCAAGGCCAACCAUUGGAGGAAGGUACUGCCUAGGGGAACGAAAGCGCUAUCGGUCGUGUAACAUUGAUGAUUGUCCUCCUGGGUCAAAAGACUUCCGAGAGCUUCAGUGUGCUGAAUUUGAUCACAUCCCCUUUCGGGGCAAAUAUUAUACCUGGAAGACAUAUCGAGGGGGUGGUGUCAAGUCCUGCUCACUCAACUGUUUGGCAGAAGGUUUUAACUUCUACACAGAGAGGGCUGCAGCUGUCAUCGAUGGAACGCCCUGCCGUCAGGACUCCCAUGACAUCUGUGUCAGCGGAGAGUGCAAGCAUGUGGGCUGUGACCGCAUCCUAGGCUCAGAUACCAAGGAGGACAAAUGCCGGGUCUGUGGAGGAGAUGGGAGCACCUGUGAAACCAUUGAAGGGAUCUUCAACCAUUCACUACCUGAUGGAGGCUAUGAGAAGGUGAUACUGAUUCCCAAAGGAUCUGUCCACAUUGACAUCUGGGAACUUAAUCAUUCUCUGAACUACCUUGCUCUGAGAGGAGAAAAUGAUGAGUAUUUUGUCAAUGGAAAACUUUCUAUUGACCCUCCCCGGCGCUUUGACAUUGCUGGAACCACCUUCCACUAUGAACGCUCCCAGGAUGAGCCGGAGUCACUCGAGGCCUUGGGCCCAACGAACAUCACCCUUAUUGUUAUGGUUCUUGUGCGAGAAGAACUGCAGAGGAUCCGAUACAAGUUCAAUGCGCCCAUUGUUCAUAAUUCCAUGACCCAAUAUUUAUGGCAGUAUGUCUCAUGGACAAAAUGUUCUGCCAUUUGUGCUGGAGGCAGUCAAGUUCAGCCCGUUGUAUGCAGGAAUCAAGCCGACAGUUCCACGGUGUUUAAUCAUUUCUGCAAUCCUGAAACCAAGCUACCAGAGAGGCAGCGGCUGUGUAACACUGAGCCAUGCCCGCCAGCUUGGGUGAUUGGGAAUUGGUCUGAAUGCAGCCGCAGCUGCAAUCAGGGAGUGCGGACCCGAAGUGUGAUCUGUCAGCGCAAAAUUUCCACCACAGAGGAGAAAACUCUGGAUGAUUCCUCUUGCAACUUGCCACGGCCUCAUGUGCUGGAACCCUGUAACAAUUGCACGUGUCCUCCAGAAUGGGUAGCCCUUGACUGGUCUGAGUGUACUCCAAGUUGUGGACCUGGUUUCCGCCAUCGUGUUGUCCUUUGCAAAACUGGUGAUCACAGUUCCACACUGCCCACCUCCCAGUGUCGCGAGAGUUCCAAACCCCCAACCACCAUAAGAUGCAGUCUUCGACGCUGUCCACCUCCGCGGUGGGUCACUGGUGAAUGGGGAGAGUGCUCUGGGCAAUGCAGUUUUGGCCAGCAAAGGCGUUCAGUCCAAUGUGUGACCUACACAGGACAACCCUCCAGUGAAUGCAUGGAGACCCUGAAGCCAGCAGCCAUGCAACAGUGUGAAAGCAAGUGUGAUUCUGGACUGACAGAAAACCCUGAAGAAUGCAAAGAUGUCAACAAGGUUGCCUAUUGCCCCUUAGUACUGAAAGCUAAGUUCUGUAGCCGGUCGUACUUCCGACAGAUGUGUUGCAAAACCUGCCAGGGGCAUUAAACAGAUAUAUGUCCAUUUGGAACUGCAGGAAAACUGGAAAGGCACAGGAGGGGCAGAGACAGCUGUACCAUUUCCCCAUCUCCACCUGCUCUCUCCCCCAGGAUCAUCAGUGAAAAAGCCAGCACCAUAGGCUUUGGUACUCCCAGGAACCCACAAAAAUCUUCCCCAUUUAUUGUUGUUGUUUAUUCGUUUAGUCGCUUC